AUUUUUUUAUGUCUCCAUGUCUUCAUCUCACUCUCUGUCACUCUAUGUAUUUGUGUCUAUAUAUUUAUUUCACUUUCUACCGCCACGUGUUUGAAGUUGUAUGUGUGCUUGUUUUUGUUAAAUAAUUUACAUAUGGUAUGUGUGUGUGUAUGUGUGUGUGUGUGUGUGUGUGUGUGUGUGUGUGUGUGUGUUUUGUUCAACCUGAUUUCUAUGAUGGUUCUUAUGUUAGUAAAUACUAAACAAACACAAAAAAAGAUAAAUAUAUUUUAUAAAUAUUUUGAUAAUUAUUUUUUAAAUCAUAAUGGAUUGAAAAAGUAA